AUGCUGCGCGUCUGGAGCACGUCAGGAGAAGAGUUCCCUGUGCACAGAGGGGAGUUGCAGGAUGUGGCGGGCCUGAAGCUCCGAUUGCGUGCGCAGUAUGGGUUCCCCUUCUGCCUCCAGCAGCUGCUUCACGGGAGCCUCCUAUUGGAGAAUGCCUCCGAGCUCCCUUUCUUCGCCGACCUUCAGCUGGUUCUCCUGGCGAUCUCCGCGGGAAGCCGUGAAGCGGUGCAGGAGCUCGUUGCCUACGCGGCCUUGAAGGGCAAUGUGAGAGUUGCCCGGCUUCUGCUGGAGGCAGGCGCAGACAAGGACUCCAUGGAUCGAGAAGGCAUGACUGCUCUCAACUCUGCUUCUUGGGCAGGUAACGUCGACAUGGUCCGGUUCCUGCUAGCAGCUGGUUGCAACAAGGAUCUACGGGACAGCUCUGGGUUGACAGCCCUCAGCCGAGCAUGUUCACGAGGUCAUGCAGAAGUUGGCAGACUUCUGGUGCAGGCACAAGCUGACCCGAACCUGCCUGAUGCUAACGACGGCAUGACGGCGCUGAGCCACGCCUCCGCGUCAGGCCAGGUCGAGGUGGCGAAGGUCCUGCUGGCAGCAGGGGCUCACAAGGACCGAAACAGGAACCAUGUACGCAGUACGAAUCGCUUAACUAAGGCUUAA